GCCGGAAGUGGCGGUAGUACCGGGUGAGGGGGCGAGCGCCGGCCGCACCGUUCCCCGUCCCCUCCCCGGGCUCGGCCGGAGCCAGCGCCGCGGAGCCGCCCGCCGCCGCCAUGUCCAACAUGGAGAAACACCUGUUUAAUUUGAAGUUUGCUGCAAAGGAACUCAACAGGAACUCAAAAAAAUGCGACAAAGAAGAAAAGGCUGAGAAAGCUAAAAUUAAGAAGGCAAUUCAGAAGGGUAACAUGGAAGUCGCACGAAUACAUGCGGAAAAUGCAAUCCGCCAGAAGAAUCAAGCCAUCAAUUUCUUGCGCAUGAGUGCCCGGGUAGAUGCUGUAGCAGCAAGAGUUCAGACUGCAGUGACAAUGGGCAAGGUAACGAAGUCAAUGGCAGGGGUAGUUAAGUCUAUGGAUGCCACGCUCAAGAGCAUGAACUUGGAAAAGAUAUCUGCACUAAUGGAUAAAUUUGAGCAUCAGUUUGAAACACUAGAUGUUCAGACACAACAGAUGGAAGACACAAUGAGCAACACUACUACGCUAACAACACCACAAAACCAAGUGGAUAUGCUUCUACAGGAAAUGGCAGAUGAAGCAGGUCUUGAUCUGAACAUGGAACUACCUCAAGGACAGACAGGUUCUGUUGGUACAAGUGUUGCCUCAGCAGAACAGGAUGAGCUGUCACAGAGACUGGCCCGCCUACGUGAUCAAGUUUAAGUUAAACAAAGCUGCAGUUCUUUGUAUGUGCUUUCAGAAUACCCUUUCUGUAACUAACCCUUCACUGCACUAGAAAGGUGUAUACAGUAUGGCUUAGGUGUUUGAAUAUUUGUAAUAUAGGGUACUUCGCUCCUAGCUUGCUACUCUUUCUAAAAUACAUUAAGUAACCCCAAAAUUUCUGCUCUCUAAUGUCUUUUUCUGUACAUUUUGAAGUUGAUAUAUUUUUUGCAAGCUUUUUUCACAAAAUCAAGUUGAUAUUCUAAGUCAGCUAGUAAUGUUGGUACAUUCUAGCUAAAAGAAAAGUGGAGUGUCAUUGAUAUAUAUUUUAAAUUAUGAAGUGAUUUUUUUUAAAUUAUGCGAACUGUUUAUGGUUGGAGAACUGAUGUAGUCAGUUCAGAUGAUUGUUGCAGGUAACUUUCUUACACAGCCAAACUCCUGGAACACGCAAAAUUGGGCAGUGUGGACUUCAUGGAAAAUAUGCUUGUUGAAACAAAGUAGUGGACUUCAGUCUGAGUUUUUUAGUCUUUUAAAGCUAGGGUAAUUGUGCUGAAAUUAGGGGUUUAGUUCAAAAAUGAGUUACCAAAAGCUGUUUUCAUAUAAUUGGGAACUUGUACGGUGUCAUCACUUUAGUACAGGAGGAAUAAAAAAAUAUUUUUCAACUU